AUGACUUGCGAGGAUGAUCUCCGCCCUGGCGUGGUGGCUGGCCCUUGUUCCGGCGACGCGGGUGGGAUCAAGGAGACUGCGGGUUCCUGCUCCCAAGAAGCUGUGGUCGCUACCAAAAUUGUGGACUUCUGCUCCGCGGCAGCUACGGUCUCCACUGUAAUCACGGAAACCACGGUUGAACGCUCCAGUCUACCUGCUCGCGACAUUUGCGCGUCGCCGUCGUUCCGUCUUGCUGACUAUGAGGACAGGAGCGCCCUGCUCGAGGUAGCCAAGGACGAAGCCGUUGAGGCCAGGAAAGCGGCGGCCGCUGCGCAGGAGGAGAGUGUCCAGGCUCAGGAACGCGCUGACGUUGCGCGAAAGGCGUUGCUACAAGCACGGGGCGAGCUGACGCAGGCCCGUCAGCACCUGCAGCCCCUCGUACAGACACUAUCCCAGAUUGAGGAAGACCUGCAGUGCCAAAUAUGCAUGCAAAUCAUCAGAUAUCCCGUCACGUAG